AAAAUAUGGUACUAUUUCAAUGGUUUAAUCGAGUUCAAGAUUUUAUGUAAACUUCCCUGCAUAAUUUGCUUGAAAAUCAUUAACCAAUGAUAAAUUGCUUGUGAUGCACCUGAAGCAAGCGCAAUCAAACACAUCUACCUCCCGCGAUCACCUUAGCAACCAUACACAUUCAACCAACACAAACACUUCUUCUUCCUUCAACCGGCGCUUGCUUUCUUCCCCUUUCGCAUCUUUUCUCUCGUUUCUCUCAUCUCGCAUACGCAUUCGUUCCUUCUCAUGCGCUUGCUGCUCCAGUCAUGCUGUCUCACUUGCGCUCAUAGCGACGUUUCGUUGGUGCGUACGAAAUUCAAAAAUGGAUCUCUCAAGCGCAAAGCCGCGUAGUUUCAUUCAACGCGUUCCAGUUGUCCCGUGCGGUUGUGUGUGCGGCGCCCGUUAGUAGAGAAGUGUUUGUGCUGGAUACGCGGCUUCGAUCAGUGUAGAGCCACCGCAUUUCAAACGGUUCACCAGAGCGAGAGAGUUCAACGCGUGUAGCGAAGAGAAGAAGCGGAGAGUGCAUGCAUACCUGUGUCCGCCGUUACUGUGUAAGCACGCUCGUUUCGUAGCGUUCCGUCGUCUUCGGUUUGGGGUGUGGUGCGCGUUUUAAGUUUAACUUUACACAAAGCGUUCCGAUUAGUUCGAGCUUUCAAAACCGACUUGCAAGUGAAAAGCGUGGAUUGUGCAAUUGAUUAAAAAGUGUAUCGGAAAUUCGAAAGAACAUCUCCAGGUGACGUGUUCAAUAUUCGUGAUCCCUUCCUUCCUCGAUCGUUCGCGCUUUGCUUUACCCGUACGAUCAUCCGUCCGUCCAUCUUGCCCCCAUUUCGCGUGCUGCGUGUGCUUUGGGGUGUGUUACGGCAGGCAAUCCAUCGUUACUUAACGCGUACACUCUCACACAGUAUGCGAAAGCCAAGAAGCAUCGUGAUGCCUACCAGCAACCUGUCGACAAUGCUUGGGAUGGGCGUUGUGCUGCUGUUUGCGAUCGGUGGCCUAGUUGAUCCCGUUCGUGGCCAGCGCACGCCAACCAUCUCCUACAUCACGCAGGAACAGAUCAAGGACAUUGGUGGUACGGUCGAGCUGGAAUGUUCCGUCCUGUACGCUAGUGACUACUCGGUGCACUGGGUGAAGACCAGCACCGACCGAUCGGAUCCGGUCUUCCUCUCCACAGGCAGCUCGCUUGUGCUGAAGGAUUCACGAUUCUCCCUACGGUACGACCUGUCCUCCACGUCCUACACGCUCCAGAUAAAGGACAUCCAGGAAACGGAUGCCGGUAUCUACCAGUGUCAGGUGGUACUGUCGGUGACGAACAAAAUCUCGGCCGAGGUCGCACUGAAUGUCCGUCGACCACCGAUCAUCUCCGACAACUCUACCCAAUCGCUAGUUGUGUCCGAAGGGCAACCAGCCCAGAUGGAAUGUUACGCCUCUGGAUACCCGGUACCACAGAUUACCUGGCGUCGCGAAAAUAACGCCAUCCUUCCGACAGGUGGUGCCACUUACUCGGGUAACGUGCUGAACAUCCACUCGGUACAUAAGGGAGAUCGUGGCACGUACUACUGUGUGGCGGAUAACGGCGUUAGUCGGGGCGAUCGGCGUAACGUCAAUCUGGAGGUAGAGUUCGCACCGGUAGUAACCGUGCCGAGACCGCGCGUGGAGCAAGCCCUGCAGUACGACAUGGAUCUGGAGUGCCACAUCGAGGCUUACCCACCGCCGGCCAUCCGUUGGCUGAAGGAUAGUGUGCAGCUGUCCAGCAAUCAGCACUACCAGCUGUCUCAGUUUGCGACCGCGGAUGAGUUCACCGAUUCGACGCUGCGUGUCAUUACGGCGGAGAAGCGCCAGUACGGCGAGUACAUCUGUCAGGCGACCAAUAAGCUGGGUGAGGCGGAAGGUCGCGUCGAGUUUACCGAGUCCGUUAUCCCGGUGUGUCCACCGGCUUGUGGGCAGGCGCGUUACGGUGGCGGUGCCAGUGCGAUUAACGUCUCGAGCGUCCUGAUGGCGGUGGCCACCGUACUGACGAUGGUGGCGAUUGCACAGUACGUGAAGCGAGCGUAAGGACAUACGCAAACACACACACACACACAGAGACACAUUCCAGAAUGCCGAAGUUGAACCAAACAAACAGCCAGAGACAGCAGACCGAAACACACAUCACAAUCAGGAACAUGUCUUCGAUCGCAAUAAUGCAGCGCAACAUUUGAUAGAUAAGACCUCAGGACCUCUGUCACAUCCGUGGUGUAACAUUAGCAGUAAAACAGGCACAAUCAUUUAUAAGUACACUCACAUACACAAAUACUACAGGAGCAAACCGACCGGAACGCGCGUGGAGACAAGUGAAGAAAAUAGAUAGGGCUUGGUGAAAAGUGAAUUUUAGGAUUUUACAAUUUGACACCAACUGCUACCUAAAACAGUGCCUAAAUGUAAUACCUUUCGAACAAUCCAUGUAAUUUUUGGGACACUUUCUUUAUACAAGCAAACAGAACUAAAAAACGAACCACGUUCACACAUCCAAACACAUAUCGGCUGAAACAUAUUAUACAGAACAGAACGAAUAGUAAGUGUACGAUAAGAUUUUCUUUUGGCUCCUUGCUCUGUUUUUCCUUUGGGAAAACAGGAUGAAAUACUGACAAAUUCUUGUUUAAGGCGCAAGCUUUAGUAAGCGCAAAACGCUUGCAUUUGCCGAAUCGAUGGAAAAGUUUUUUGUGCUUUCGAGCAUAUCCUAGUUGGUAGCGAACACAAAAAGAAGAUAUACAGUAAUAUAACAGACAUACAUUAUUGAUUCCCUCCAGCAGGUAUCUGUGCAAAAUGAUAGCUCUUUGUAGGUAGGAAGGGAAAUGAUCCCGCUUUUCCCGGGAUUGCUUUGUGCGAUCAAACGAACGAGUUUGGUGUGUAGCGGUGUAUGAAGGAGGAAAAGUUUUUCUUAUUCAAAGUCGGAAUAUUAUGUACUACGGACGUUUUAACGUGAAAGCAACCGAAGCUUUCGAUCAUUCGAAAAGAGGCAAACAAGGAAGAGAGAGAGAGAGAAAGAGGAAUGUAGCUUUUAAUCUCGUGUAUAUCUUGAAUUUUCCAUCAAUUUCCAUUUUUCUACUGCAAACACACACACAAGUACAGUGUGGGCGGCUUCUUCCUUUAUUAGUUAGAAAACAAUAGUGCUAUACACCAUACAUUUUCUAGCGUGGUUUUCGUGAGUAAGUAAGCAGCAAAAAGAAGCAUUGCGUUAUCGGAGAGCAGGCGGGCGAGGAAAAUUGCGCGUAAAGAGUGCGCAAAGCGCUAAAAAACAAACGCUUAAGCAAUUGAUUUAGUUCCGCUUUCCGCGUGUUCUAAUGGCGUAUUUCGUAGCAGCAUUUUUAGUAUGAUUUUUUUUUUCUUCCUUUUUGUAGUAUCUUCGAAGAAUAUCUUCGCGGUAGAAGCAGCAAAAGCGCGUGUAGAUCCAUCCAGAUGGGUAGAUGAAGCUAAUAGUGAACAGCGCCGUGGGUGAAUAAUGCAAUGAAUAUCAAUGUGCGAAACGAUAAACGAAGGAAACAAAUAAAAGCGUUUUAAGUUAGAUUUUAAUAAUAAUAAA